AUGAAGUACCGUCUGGGCUACGAAGCCGUAAUAACUAUCCAGCGCGCGCGCUUGCACCCCGCCGACCUUCACGCCUCCUCCGAUACGCCGGUCACGACCAACCCGUACGUGCACCUGGGCGUGAUGGUUCCGAAGGGGAACAAAGACGUGACCGUGCCGACGAACUGCGCGACGCGCGUGCUCAACUGCACCAACGACCCCGUCUGGAACCAGACCUUCUGCCUUCCCGUCAUGCCCAACUCGGACGUCCUCGUGCUGCAGGUCUUUGACCACCGCUCCUCGCAGCUCGCAGUCCGGCUCAACCAGGUCCCGGGCGCCGCCGCCGCGCAGAGGACGCAGCUGUUUGCGAGGCUGUCCGAGAGCUUUAACGAGGAUGCCCGAACCUCGGAGUCCUCCAUUCCCACGAUUUAUGGCCAGGAGGAGACCGAGAAGGUCCCGUCUGGUGUCCUCAUUGGGCUGUGUUUGCUACCGGUGGCACGAAUCCCGCCGAAUGCAACCAUCUCCAGACAUGCAAUGGAGAUAUUCCCGAGCCCGACAGAGCCGAGCGUCGGGCGGCUGUAUAUAGCCACCAAGAUAGAGAAGAAGCAGACACCGAUGUUGACGAAAGAGGAUAUUUCCGAUCCUGCUAUUAUCGGACAAUUUCACUCGACGAGGCUGCUUGCAUCGGAGUCUCGGUUUUUGGGGAUUGGCGAGCUGGCGGCUUUCUUGUUCGAGGAAGGGUACUCGACGUCGCCGACGGAGAACUGGGAUCGCGCCGUCACUAUGCUAGCGCAGCAGUUGGCCUUUAGGAUGUAUCAGAUCAAGUCAUCGGACAAGGAGGAUACUGAACACUAUUUAGAGAGCCUCAAGGAUGAAGAGAACCUCGAGAAGGCGAAGAGACGGGUGGAAAAGGAGGGAGGGUUGUGGGAUGGUUUGUGA